AUGGGGGCGGCGCUCCGCUGUGACGGGUGUCCGCGGCUCCGUGCCGGCCCCCUGCAGCCAGCAACACCACAACGUACUUUUAGGGCCUCGGGAUGCCGGAAGAAGGGGAAACACAGGUUCCCGGGGCCCAGCCCUGGAGACCAGGCGGGUGGCUGGGGCCCCGGAAGCGGCCGCUGGGGGGCGCUCGCAGCGCGGCGCACGGAGCCGACGGGCGGUGGGAGCCACACACUGGGCUCAGGCCCGGCGCCCAGCACGCGCUGGACGGACGCACGGCGGGAACGAGCAGCUGCGACACCCCGGACGGCAGUCCCGAGGGCCCGCCGGGCGCAAACGACCGCAGAGCCUCGAAGGGACAUCGGGCGCCUGCUGCAGGGGACGGGGGGGACACCCUAUGUGCCCACCAGCGGGGUGCGGAUGGCGCUCCCACUUCAGGCGACCCUCAGGACCGUAGGAAGCGCUCCUUCAGCCCCGCCCGCCCCGCAAGCGCCCCGAGAACGCGGCGUCACUGUGGCCCCCGCUGCCGCGCCUCACCCCGGCAAGCGGAGGGUCCCCAGGGCCGCAGAGAGGAGCAGCCGGCCCACCCCCUUCUCCCCACCCCGCCCGCCCGCGUCUGCGCAGCCGCUGUCAGUGCCGCGCCGGCUCUGCAGUGCCCAGCGGGGCAGGCUCGGGGAGAAGCUGUCUUCUCAGGAGGCCAUGCUUUCCCAGGACUGGAGCUCAGCGGACGACGAGGAUGAGUCAGAGGACCCUCAGGCCGCGGUGGCGGCCACUGUGAAUUACUGCCUGCCCACCCAGUGUCUGGAUAUGCUUGUCCGUCCGCGCGCAGCUGCGCGCUCCCAGGAGAGUGAGUCCCCUGUGGAGGUGAUGCUUUGGGGGGUGACCGGAUGCUGCACGCUGCCACCAGGGGGCGUCUUCGGCAGCCUGAGUUAUGAGAAGCUGAGACCCAGAGCAGUGAAGAGACUGGCCAGCAGGGGCCCCGGCUUCCGGAGCAUGGUGACUGUCUGUGAUUCAUGGCUCCACACCCCCAUGUACUUCUUCCUCACCAACCUGUCUUUCCUGGACAUUUGUCACACCUCAUCCAGCGUGCCCCAGAUCCUCAUCAACUGCUUGGUGGACGUGCCCGUCAUCUCACCAGGACAGUGCUUGGCCCAGAUGGUUGUUGGGCUUCACCUGGGUGCGGUGGAGUGUCUUCUGUUGGCUGCCAUGGCCUGUGACCACUCUGUGGCCAUUGGUGGUCCCUUGCGCUACUCUGUACGCAUGAGGCCCCAGGUUUGUGGUCUGUUGGCUGGGGCAUCAUGGACCGCGGCCUUCCUGCUGACUGUGGUCCCUGUGCUGACCAUGCCGCUGGAGUUCUGUGGCCAUCAGGUCAUCAACCACUUCUUGUAUGAGCUCCUGGCCUUGCUCAAACUUGCCUGCUCUGCCCUGAGGUGCUACAGGUCGCUCAUGGGGCACAGUGCGCUGACUCUGCUGGCCCCGUUUGCCUUCCUGGCUUCCUGUGGGCGGAUCUUGGCUGCCGUGCUGCAGAUGCGGUCCACAGAGGGCCAUGGCAAGGCCUUUUCCACGUGUGGAUGGCACCUUACGGUGGUGGUCCUCUCUUACGGCACAGCCAUCUCCAUGUACAUGAUGCCCCAGGACGAGGCCAGCCAUGACCGGGACAAGCUCAUCUCCAUCUCCUAUGGUGCCCUCACUCCCUUGCUGAACCCUCUCAUCUACAGCCUGAGGAACAAGGACGUGAAGGGGGCCUUCAGGAAGUUCUUGGGGAGAAAGACUGACCUCUAA